UAUAGGGAAGCUAAGAGAAGUUAAUAUGGCAUCAAGCCUGGGCGCUCCGGCGUUUGCAUAUACGGUGGUUUACUGUAACGACGUUGCCAAAUCCGCGGAUUUUUACGCCAAGGCCUUCGGCUACAACGUCCGCCGCUUGGAACACAACCGCAAAUGGGCGGAGCUAGAGAGUGGGUCGACGACGAUAGCGUUCACGCCGAUUCACCAACGCGAGACGGAUGGGCUAACCGGUCAGGUCGAAACAGCGCAAUCCCGGGCCGAAAGACACCCGAUUGAGCUUUGCUUCGAUUAUGCAGAUGUUGAUGCAGCUUUCAAGAGAGCGGUGGAGAAUGGAGCAGUGCCGGUAAACCCACCGGAGGACAAAACAUGGGGGCAAAGAGUGGGAUACGUGCGAGAUAUUGAUGGUAACGUCGUCAGGAUGGGGAGCCAUGUAAAUGAACCAAAACGUUAAACAACCAAAAAAAACAUACAAAUAUAAAUUGAUAAAUACAUAUGUCCCAAUGUACGUAUGGGCAAACUAGCGGCCAAGCUAGCACAAUAACUAAUGCUUAAUAAAUUAAAGUAUGUUACUUAUUUUCCA